AUGUGCUUAUUAUGAUAAUGGAAGGUGUAAGAAAACAAAAAAAAAUUUCUUCAUAUAGUCUGUCUUUGAUUCGGGAGUCUGGCCCAGCUAUGGAAAAUUAGGAGUAUAGCUAAUGGUUCUGAAACGUUUCCUGUAUUAAUCAGUUCAAAGUCCAAUCCAGGCUAUAUCGAAUCCAAACGAAGAACCCAGAAUCAUCCUGAUUCAUGAUUCAGUUUACGAUUUAAUGGAGGGUGGGGUGGCAGCUUUCAUGCAACAGACACUAAGAAAUCAUAGAAUAGAGGCGCGGGUCCCACUGUAAAGGAAGAUGUCCUCGCUCAGUGCGUGGGGCUACCAUUCUCGAUUUGAGCAAUUUAGCACUCACUCGGGUCUCCGGAGGAGAUUCCUCGGACGGCAACUCGCAGUCGCGUUGGGUUAACUAUCACUCAUCGUCUCAGCUCUUUGCAACUUGGAAGCAGAGUACUGCUUGCUCAGGUCGCCUCUGUGUCUGUAAUCCUGUAUUUGGUAGUAUUUUUUUGCCCUUUUGGAAGCCAAGGGGGGAUGGAUGUGGUGGAGGUUCUGGGCAGAUUCUCAGUACAAAGAACUCAGUCUCCUGUAUGGAGGGCGACUUGUCUCAAGAGAACCGUCUUUAGACCCAAUUCUUUGUGGGGUUUCUGUGGACGGGGCUCUGGCAUGUCUACCACUGCCCGUUGCUGCUCCAACGAUGCAAAACCGGCCACCGGCGAAGUGUUCUCUAUCACUUCGUCUGCUAAGUCUGACAUUGAUUAUUUGGGGCAGAGCACGAAAGGGGACUUGAAUCUCAAGGAGCAUCUCGUGGCCUCUGGUAUCGAUAGGCAGGCAACCUUAGAGGGUCCAAUUGAGGAGAUAGCUUGGAUGGAGGCUAAAGAAGCUGAGAAAUUGUUAAAUAACCUAGGAGUACCGGUAACAGUUAAAACUGUUGUUUGUAAGCUUACAGACUGUUACAUGGACCCCUUCUCAUCAAGAUAUUCUCCUCGUGGAAUAUUUUGUAGUCGGACAUUAAAUCUUCGAUCAAUAAGUGCUAUUGGUUAUGACAUGGACUAUACAUUGAUUCACUACAACGUGAUGGCAUGGGAAGGGCGGGCUUAUGACUACUGUAUGGACAACUUAAGAAGUAUGGGAUUUCCAGUUGAUGGACUUGAGUUUGAUCCCCACUUGGUCAUUAGAGGCCUUGUUGUGGAUAAAGAGAGAGGCAACUUGGUUAAGGCUGAUCGAUUUGGUUAUGUUAAGAGGGCUAUGCAUGGUACUAGAAUGUUAUCCACUCGAGCUGUAAGUGAGAUAUAUGGGAGGGAGCUCGUGGAUUUGCGGAAAGAAAAUCGAUGGGAUUUUCUUAAUACACUUUUCUCUGUUUCAGAAGCCGUAGCAUUUAUGCAGAUGGUUGACAGAUUAGAUGAAGGAGCUGUAGCUGAAGAACUUGGCCCACUUAAUUAUAAAGGACUCCACAAGGCUGUUGGUAAAGCCCUUUUCCGAGCACAUGUAGAAGGUCAGCUUAAGAGUGAGAUAAUGUCUGAUCCUGAACCGUUUGUUGAGCCUGAUCCAGAGCUUCCUUUGGCACUCUUGGAUCAAAAGGAGGCUGGUAAACGGUUGCUGCUUAUUACCAACUCAGACUAUCAUUAUACAGACAAAAUGAUGCAACAUGCUUUUAAUAGAUAUCUCCCCAAUGAGAUGGGCUGGCGAGAUCUUUUUGACAUUGUUAUUGUCUCAGCAAGGAAGCCGGAGUUUUUCCAAAUGUCACACCCCAUGUAUGAGGUUGUCACUGGUGAGGGUUUAAUGCGUCCUUGCUUCAAGGCCCGCCCAGGGGGUUUGUACUCUGGGGGAAGUGCUCAGAUGGUUGAAAGUUCCUUAGACAUUCAUGGGGACGAAAUAUUAUAUGUUGGUGACCAUAUUUAUACCGAUGUUAGUCAAUCCAAAGUCCAUUUACGAUGGAGGACGGCAUUGAUUUGCAGAGAAUUGGAAGAAGAGUAUAGUGCUUUGCUUCAUAGUCGAAGUCACAGAGCGGCUCUUAUAGAGCUUAUAAAUCAAAAGGAGGUGGUGGGGGAUCUUUUUAAUCAACUCCGCCUUGCUCUGCAACGGCGAACAAAAGGACGCCCUGCUCAGACUCUGGCUGCAACAGAAAUGGAUGAUCAAGAACUGACAGAAAGGAUUCAAAAGCUGCUUAUUGUCAUGCAAAGGCUGGACCAGAAAAUUGCUCCAAUGUUAGAAGCAGAUGGGGAGUACUUUAACAAAAGGUGGGGUUUUCUUUCACGUGCUGGUUUGUGGGACAAAAGUCAUCUGACAAGACAAAUUGAGAAAUAUGCUGAUAUAUAUACUUCAAGAGUUUCAAAUUUCCUACUCUAUACACCAUUCAUGUAUUUUCGCUCCCAAGAACAAAGCCUUGCACACGAUGCAUACUCCAACCACCCUUCUGACUUUGAUGGCUUUUCAGUCAAUAGUCUGAAGAAGUCACCUUCCUUGUAAGCAAAGAUAGUUUGGAGUGAUGAUAUGGUCAUGUUGAUAACACACUAGAACAUAUCCAAAUGUGCAUUGAUUGAAUUAAAGUCUAUUUAUGUAUAUGGGGUUUGUGGUUCAAAAGUUCUGCAUUUCACCCUGCUUGUAACAAUAUUAAUGGUUGUGUGUGUUAUUGACACUACCAUGAAAAUGAAUAAACUAUGUAAUGGUAUAAAACAGAGUCGUUCCUUUUAUAAAACAGGUCAGUAUAUUUGAUUGAGAGAGUAAA